AUGACAUGUCUUGAAGGCCCAGACAAGUCCUGUGGCCCCGGGGCUCCUGAGGAGGAGCUGGUGCCUGCCUCCCAAUUGGAGGAGGAGGAAGAAAAUGAGGAGGAAGAGGAGGAUCUGGAUCCAGAUCUAGCCCCGGACCUGGAGGAGGGAGUAGAUGAAGAGGAGGAAGAGCUCGGGGACCCAGCUAUCCUCAGUGCUGUCACUAACACCCAGAGAGGUCUUCCAAGCUCUCCUGGAAUCAAGGCCUCUGGUGUGCUGGGGAUGUCACCUGCCUCCUUGCACUUUCUAUGGCAGACCCUGGACUACUUGUCGCCAGUUCCUUUCCGGCCUACACUUCCCAGGGCCGGCUCCCCAGUGCGGCACUUUGGACCUCGACUGCUCCCACCAGACCCAUAUGUCUUCUGCAGCCCACCAACCUCAUGGUCUCCUAGGUUCAGUCAUCUGACCCAGCUCCACCCUCAACACCAACGGAUCUUGCAGCUGCAGAAGCACAGUCGAACACCAAGGCCCCCAGCCAAGAAGCCCUGGUCUCGGCAGUCAGACGCCUAUGCUAACCUCAUGACCCGCAAAGAGAAGGACUGGGUGAUAAAAGUGCAGAUGGUCCAGCUGCAGAGUGAGAAGCCCUGCCUGGAUGACUAUUACUACCAGAAAUAUUAUCAGAAACUAGAGAAGAAGGAGGCAGAUGAAGAGCUGCUUGGACAAAGGAGCAAGGUGGAGUCCCUCAAGCUGGUCACACCUUACAUUCAGAAGGCAGAGGUUUACGAGUCAGUGGUUCGAUUCGAGGGUUCCCUGGGCCAGGUGGCCAUGUCAACGUGUUUUAGCCCUCGCAGAGCUAUUGAUGCUGUACCCCAUGGAACUCCAGAACCGGAGAUAGGAGCUGCCAGCAGCCAGAGGCUUCGGGUGUUGUCCUGGAUUGAGAAGAUGUUUCUUCAGUUACUAGAGAUAGAGGAGGGCCAGAAGAAUGGGCCUCCACAGUCCUGCUACUCUGAGCAGCAGAGAAACCAGGUUGAGAAGCUCUUCCAGGCCUUAAAGACCCAGGAGCAGGAUAACCUGGAGGAGGCAGCAGAUGGCUUCCUGCAGGUGCUCUCUGUGAGGAAGGGGAAAGCCCUCGUGGCCCGGCUGCUCCCCUUCCUGCCCCGGGAUCUAGCUGUCAGCCUUCUUCUGGCUAUCAUCCACCAUCUGCCACUCCUGGUCAAGAGGGAUGCAGCUGAUCAGGUCCUACAAAUGUUAUUCAAGCCUCUGGGCAAAUAUAUCAGACACUUGACCUUCCAAGAACUCCUCCAAGGACUUCAGGGACUAAUGCUGCUUCCACCUGGCUCCUCAGAGCGGCCAGUCACUGUGGUGCUUCAGAAUCAGUUUGGAAUAUCUUUGCUCUACACCCUGCUGAGUCAUGGGGCGCAGCUGGUAUCCCUGGAUCCAUCCCUGGAGGAACCCAGCAGUGACCAUACAGCUUGGACAGACAUAGUGAUUCUGAUCGCCUGGGAAAUAGCUCAGAUGCCUACAGCCUCUUUGGCUGAACCCCUAGCCUUCCCCACCAACCUCCUUCCCCUGUUCUGUCGCCACGUGGACAAACAAUUGAUACAGCAGCUAGAGGCUACAAUGCAGUAA